AUGAAAAACGACGAAUAUCCUAAUGAAAGUGAGAAUAUUUGUCCAGAAUUCUCAGAACCCUUUCAAGAAGAAAAGCUGCUUCCAUUACAAAUGCAUCCCAAUUUUCAAUUGAGAGAGGUACAUGAAGCGUCGACGAUACAAGCGAAAGCAGACCCUUUAAAUUUCAGUCAACAAAACAACAUCCGAAAAAGGAAGAAAAAGCCUUCCUACUUCGAUGUUGGCUUGUUUAAGACUCAAUUAAAAAAUACGAUAUCACAUUCGUUACGCCAUAAGGGAAUGAAUUCACAGAAACGAGCGAUUACUGAAUUGAAAGAAUUUGAGAAAAAGGAUGCCAUAAAAAACAGGAAGCAAAGACGCUUUGAUAUGGAAGUGCUCCUUCGAAGCUAUCAACAAGAGACGUCUGAGGGAAGAGCCAAGAACAAAACAUGA